CUGAAGAAAAAUCAAAACACGCCCAAGCCAACAGGGGAAAGUGCGUUUAAUAUUUCCUGUUUACAGUUUUAACACUAAAACGGGUGUUCUAAUUCAACUUCCUAAACGUCGUUGAUCACUUUAGCAAGAUGUUGUAUUUGGAGGAUUACCUUGAAAUGAUCGAACACCUGCCACAGGAGCUGCGUGAUCGAUUCACUGAAAUGCGCGAAAUGGAUCUUUCUGUGCAAAAUCAAAUGGACUCGCUAGAUAAACGGGUGCGGACUCUAUUCCAACAGUGCCGCCGCGGCGAAACGGUUGGCCCUCAGGCUGAUUCGGAAUUUCACACAAUACGAAAAGACUACUACCGGGUGCUGGAAGAUUCGGACGAAAAGGUUCAACUGGCGGGUCAGAUGUACGAUCUUGUCGAUCGAUAUCUGCGCCGUUUGGAUAGUGAACUAUACAAGUUCAAGUGUGAGCUCGAAGCAGACCACAACGGAAUAACGGAAAUUUUGGAGAAACGUUCGCUAGAACUGGAUUCUUCUACCAGCAAUGGUGGACUGAAUCAGAAAGAGAACCGCUAUUUCGAUACUUUGACCGCAUUGAACAGCGUUACUAGUUCGGUUGUGCCAGCUGGGGCAGCUCGAGUGGAAAGUCGAUACAAGAUCAAGCCCGAAAAACGGAGAGAAAAUUUGAACCUUUCCUCACAUGGAGGACCACCACCCGAAAAGCGUCCAUCUUUGGCUAGCAGCCUUUCGACAGGUUCGGUAUCAACCCGUCCAACCACCCCGGCUGUUUCAUCUGGGCCAGGAUACCAUCAUAUGCUGUCUUCGACCGCCGGAAGUACCACUCCAAAUGCAGCGGCCUCGGUUGCCUAUAAUCUGCAGCAAUUCGGUGCUGGGAAUGCGAUUGCGGCGGCCGCAAGUCAGGCCAUUGCCCAAACACAGCAAAUGCAACAGGGCCGUCGAACGGCUAGUUUGAAAGCUUCCUAUGAAGCAAUUCAUGGUGCUACCGGGGCCGGUGGAGCUCACGAUUUAUUGAAUGCCCUACAAGAGGUUGCACGAGAUGCAAAUCAGCUAAGACGUCAGCACAAGAAAAAACUCACCACCAAUCCAUCUGCCGCAGCCACGCUCUUACAAGCGCAUCACCCGAAGCAGCCGCACACGACCAGGCUCAGCCCUAACCUGUCCUCAUCGUCCACCCUAGAUCUACUAGAUAGUUCGGCCGUUCCAGGUUUACUCGGUAGUUCCGGAUCGUCGCUGACGGGCAGCAGCACAACAAGCAUCGGACCCAGCGGCAGUGCCCUGAUGAGCGGUAGUAUGUCAUCGGGUUCUUCAUCGACGCUUGGUUUAGGUCCCUCGCUAAGUUCAGGCAGCGCCGGUCCAUUAGGUCCACUGACUACCUCCGGUCCGCCACCGCCCAGUAGUUUACAUCACGGCCCGGGUCUGGGACCUAACGCAAUCCUUACUGAGAACGGCAUGGUUGUGGAACAAACGCCAGAAGGGGAAUGGACUUAUGAUCCGAACGAGCCACGGUACUGCAUUUGUAAUCAGGUGUCCUACGGCGAUAUGGUCGCUUGUGACAACGAAGACUGUCCCUUUGAGUGGUUCCACUAUCCCUGUGUAAACAUAACGUCUUCACCGAAAGGAAAAUGGUACUGUCCACAGUGUAGCAGCUCGAUGAAGCGCCGAGCCCCAAGGAAGAACUAAAAGUAAAUUUGAAAAUAUUUUGAGAGGUCACUUUGAACUGAGUGUUUGGCAUGAAAUAUCAUUAAAUUAUUGAUUGAUAAGAAAAUAAAAGUACGUUACAUUGCGGCCAAAUUUUUGAGACAGGAAAAAAUUGUCUAGGUUUAUUCGAUAAUGCUAUGCAGAUGUUUGAAUUCAAUUAAAUACUCCAGAGUGUAGACUGCUAAGGAAAAUUGGCUCUGGCUGAAAUAGUAUGAUUUAGAGAUGAACUGAAACUUGGCAACGAAAUUUGAAUAAACAAGUGAACC